AUGUCAUUCUUGAAUCAGAAGCAAAUAGAACAAUAUUUAGCUCAAAUUAAUGACGGAGAGAGAUCUGAAGAUUAUCUUGAGGAGUCUGAUGCAGAAGAACAUGAGAAUUUUUAUGAAAACCGAGAAGAUAUACUUCGUGAUCAUGAGAAUCCUAUUAAGGAGGAAAAUGAUGAAGAUGAUGAUGAUCCUAUCUUGGCAGAAGAGCCACCAUUGACAAAUGAAAGCCCUGCAAAAGAUCAAGAGCCUCAGGUUCCAUUUCCAUCAACAAGUCAAGCCAGUCGCCGAGCUACCAUGAAAGGACUUGCUUGGAAGGUGAAAAAGUUUGUUUUGAAUUCUGACCAGACUACUUUUCUUGGCAACACCACAUACCCACCAGAAUUGAGGGAUCAAACUACUACUGGUACUCCAUAUAGUAUUUUUUUGUAUUUUAUUACAUCUGGAAUAAUUCAGAAAAUCGUAGAAGAGUCUUAUCUAUACUCUGUUCAAAAAAUGUAA